AUGGGGAAUUUCACUUCUUGCUGCUCUGUCGAAUCGCAAACAGCGAAAAUUAUUGAUCUCCAUGGGAAUAUUCGGAUUGUUGAGAUCCCUUUAACUGCUGCAGAUCUAAUGCUUGAAGAACCAGGUCGCGUUGUUUCGCCGGCCGUUGAGAUUUCCGGAUCUGAUUUCCGGUUUUCGGCGAUGAAAGCCGAUGAAGAAUUAACUGCCGGAAAAGUUUAUGUACUGAUUCCUGUACGUAGAGUUAAUAGUAAGGUCUCGGAAUCGGAGAUGGCAGUGAUCAAGGCUUCCACCGGUGUUAAAAGUAAAGCAAAACGACGUAAUUCCAAGGUUCUGCCGGUGUUGGAUGAAAGUUCAGAUAAGGAAAUUGAUAAUCCGGUAAAAUUGAUUCCGAAUCAACGGCUAAGACCUUGGAAACCUGCUCUAGAACCAAUUUCAGAGGGAAUUUGA